ACCAAAUCGGAAUUUUUUAAUGUUGUCACCCAACAUGUACCACUGAUACGGAAAGAAGAUAACAUCGUCAGUUUUCCUUUAAAGGCUAUGCCAUUAUUAGAAGAUAUUGUGAAAACGAAUCUAACGCUUUUCUACAUGUACCAUGGAACGGCUUUGGGCAAGGCUUGUAUGAGCGAUAUUGUAUUUUUUGAUUUUUUCGCUUCACCCCUUGAAGUUGGUGUUGAUUUGGUUCAACAAAUGACAUAUCUGGAGACAUAUUUCGGCGAAUCUCUGAUGGAAAAAGUUGAUACGUAUGAAACCCCCAAGGGUAUUGUUAUCAAGUCAAAUCCCUUUGCAGCUGCAGCAGAUUUAAUUAAAAUGAAUGCUAUAUCUACGAUUAUGUGUCUUAUAAUAGUAAUUUUGUAAAAAUAUAAUACAUUAACAUUGAUCUUAUCUUAUGAGAAGUUUAAGCAAAAUUGAUUUUUUUCAAUCGAGUGUAAACUCGACAAAACCACACAGCCGCAAAGAAGAUUGAAAACAUCAAAAACGGAGAUUAAAAGAAACAAGUAAAAAUCAUUAAUUUCCGUUGG